CCUGGUCCUAUGUUUGAAAGAGAGGAGGACAGAAGGCCUGUUGUUGGCUAUGUUGGCUAACUGCUGAUGGUAACUAUUGAUGCUUGUGGCCCAGACCUGGCAAAGAGGAGCAGACUGCCGUUUGGGCAGGAUCUGGGCUGACACAAUGUUGCUAUCUGGGUAGCGGAUGUCUUAUUUGAAGGCCACUUAAAAGUAGUUGAAUUCAUUUUUUUGCAAACAACAUACUGUACAUUGCAAAUAUUUAAUUAAAUACUUUUUUUUUUUUUGAGUUGGCAUAUGCUUCAUAUAAGCACACUUAUGUUUUUGAAUGAGUUCUAUGUGACACUCUUCAGCUUAUUUCUUCUAGAUGAACAGAAUCAGUUGAUCUCCCAACUGUAUGUUCUUCUCCCUUGAUGCUGCCGGCCUUGGAAAGAAUCAACAUGUUAAGUGUAUAAAAGGCAGUGUUGGUUGUUUGCAUCUUUAUUGUGGAGCCUCAAGGAGUGACUUUUUUAAGUUCAGAGCUGUUUCAUUUAAAUCCAUGAAUCCUUGUGUGAGAGAAGUCAUAGAGAAUAAUACUCUGUUUGGAUGUUUCUUCAAAGUAGGGAUACUUCAUAAUGCAUCUUAAGGCAGUGAACCUAUCUGAUGGCUGUCAGGAAUAUUUCUGUCCAGAGAGAUCUGUUUCUUUAUCUGUCUAUGUGAUUCAGUAUGUGGCCGCAACAGCUGCGUCUCUUCUGACCGUGUGUGGAAACCUGCUGGUCAUCAUCUCUGUUAGUCACUUCAAGCAGCUCCACACACCUGCUAACAUCCUCAUCCUCUCUUUGGCUGUGUCUGAUCUGCUGGUCGGAGGUUUUGUGAUGCCACUUCAUUUGCCUUGGCUCAUCGAGUCAUGUUGGACUUCUGGACCAGUGAUGUGCUUGGUUUUCGAUUUUGUGAAUUUUCAUGUGACAAGCGUGUCUAUUCACACUGUGACUCUAAUAGCAGUUGAUCGGUUUUUGGCUUUAAGUUAUCCUUUUUUUUACUCAGAGAAAAUCUCACCCACUGUGAUCUGCAUUGCAACUUUAUUUAACUGGCUAUUUUUACUCUUUUAUAACUUCACUCUUCUCUUCAUUAAUGGAAACUUCACUGAUGUCACAUGUCCAGGAAAAUGUGUUUAUAUUGUAGAUAAGGUUUCAUUCCUCAUUGAUCUCCUGGUUGUGUUUCUUGUACCAUGUACACUCAUCAUAAUAUUAUACACUCAUGUUUUUGUCAUUGUUAAGAAACAUGCGACUGCUAUAAGAUCCCUUAAUGUUCACAACAGCACCUCUAAAAACAGAGUCAGUGACAAAUCAGAGCGAAAAGCUGCGAUUCUGCUGGGGAUUCUGGUCUUUUUGUUUCUCCUGUGUUUACUGCCAUAUUAUAUUUGUUCUUUAGUGAUUCCAUACAGUAAUGCUAACUAUUUUUUUGUCAGAGAUGUUGCUGCAAUAUUUUUCCUUCUGAACUCCACCAUUAAUCCCAUCAUUUAUGCCUUAUUCUUUCCCUGGUUUCAGAAAAGCUUAAAAUUAAUUUUCACAUUUAAAGUGUUUAAUAAAAACUCCUCCCUGAUGAAUGUGAUGUAA